UUGACAAAUGAAUAUUGAUAAACUGGAUUGGAGGCGACAGUUUAAUUAAUUGAUAUUUAAUAUGGUCUGAGAUAAAAUUUAAUUCGAAACGAUACUAGUUGUAAUAGGUACCGGAAGCUAUUGCCUUCAUCAUGGAUUACAUUUAUUACUAUAAACGUGGAAUGAGUAAUCUUUAUGUCAGCACUAUUAUAUAUAUAACGAACUGAAUAAUUUGAAUUUAUUAUAAUAUUAUAACGUUUAUGGUGAGUUCAUUCAAAGCGUAACGUAACCCUUAUAUGGGUAAGGUACUGAAAGUACUCUCAAUGUCAGAAAUUUCCAUAAUUAUACCAGUCUAUAAUGGAGAAAAAUGGAUUAAUGACUGCAUGAACUCUAUUUAAAACAAUCUUUAUUUAAUGAUUACAAAAUAAAAUUAGAAAUUGUCGUUUAUAACGAUGGUAGCACAGACAAUACACAACAACUUUUGAUGAAAUGGAAACAGAUCUUUAAUUUAAAAGAUGUAUCUUACAAGAUAUUAGGUGGUAAUAUUUCCAAUGGAGUGGGAGCUGCUAAAAAUAGAGCUGUGGAAAUAAGUACAGGCCAGUUUCUUUGCUUUCAAGAUAUUGACGAUGUAAUGAACCCACUUAGAAUAAGUUUACAAUGGGAAGCUGCAAAAUCAAAUACCAAUGCACUUAUUGGUAGUAAUAUAGUCCGUUGGCCUGAAAAUUCAACACCCCGUUAUGUUCGUUGGGUUAAUAGUCUAACUGAUAACCAGUUAAAAUUACAAAUAUACACUUCCUUUGGACCCACACUGCUUAUGCCAACAUGGUUUUGCCAUAGAUCUGUUUAUGAUAAAGUUGGAGGUUUUGUAGAAACUGGGCAUGGGACACCAGAAGAUCUUAUAUUCUUUUACAAACAUUUGGAUGCUGGAGGAGAUUUGAUUAGAGUGGACCAAGCCCUAGUAGUGUAUGUUUACCAUGAAGAUGCAGCCACUUUUAGUGUGAAACGGGAGAUGAUUUGGAAGAUACAGCUUGAAAGGUUACAACAAUGUGUUAUGCCAUCUUGGAAAGAGUUCACCAUCUGGAAUGCUGGAAAAAGGGGAAGAAAAGUGGUCCGCUCAUUAAACCCAAACAAUUUAAAUAAAGUGGCUGCUUUCUGUGACAUUGAUAAAAAUAAAAUAGGACGUGAUAUAGAGUUAUAUUGUCCUAUAAAAAGAGAAGUCAUUGUGAAGUUGCCUGUGCUUCAUUUUACAGAAGCCAAACCACCACUUUUGAUUUGUGUUAAACUUGACCUUACAGCUGGGGAAUUUGAAAAAAAUCUCAGCUCAUUGAAUCUCACUGAAGGCAUAGAUUAUGUAUUAUUUAGUUAAAUAUUUAAGGAAUUUAUUGCAAUUAUAUAUGUUAUA